AUGACCCAUCCAUCUCCACCAUCACAGCCACGACCCAUCCAUCACCACCAUCACAGCCACGACCCAUCCAUCUCCACCAUCACUGCCACAACCCAUCCAUCACCACCAUCACUGCCACGACCCAUCCAUCACCACCAUCACUGCCAUGACCCAUCCAUCUCCACCAUCACAGCCACGACCCAUCCAUCUCCACCAUCACUGCCACGACCCAUCCAUCACCACCAUCACUGCCAUGACCCAUCCAUCUCCACCAUCACUGCCACAACCCAUCCAUCACCACCAUCACUGCCACAACCCAUCCAUCACCACCAUCAUCGCCACAACCUACCAUCACCACCAUCACUGCCACAACCCAUCCAUCACCACCAUCACUGCCACAACCCAUCCAUCACCACCAUCACUGCCAUGACCCAUCCAUCUCCACCAUCACCGCCACGACCCAUCCAUCACCACCAUCAUCGCCACAACCCAUCCAUCACCACCAUCAUCGCCACAACCCAUCCAUCACCACCAUCAUCGCCACAACCCAUCCAUCACCACCAUCACUGCCAUGACCCAUCCAUCUCCACCAUCACCGCCACAACCCAUCCAUCACCACCAUCAUCGCCACAACCCAUCCAUCUCCACCAUCACUGCCAUGACCCAUCCAUCACCACCAUCACAGCCACGACCCAUCCAUCUCCACCAUCACUGCCACAACCCAUCCAUCACCACCAUCACUGCCAUGACCCAUCCAUCAUCACCAUCCCCGCCACAACCCAUCCAUCUCCACCAUCACUGCCAUGA